CCUUUGCCAUGAACCAGCCUGCUCCUGGGGUACCGCCCGCACCCCGCCGGGUGCGUCUGAAGCCCUGGCUGGUAGCCCAGGUGAACAGCUGCCAGUACCCAGGGCUUCAGUGGGUCAACGGGGAGAGGAGAUUCUUCUACAUCCCCUGGCGCCACGCCACACGGCACGGCCCCAGCCAGGAUGGAGACAACACCAUCUUCAAGGCCUGGGCCAAGGAGACGGGGAAGUACACGGAGGGCGUAGAUGAGGCUGAUCCUGCCAAGUGGAAGGCCAACCUGCGCUGCGCCCUUAACAAGAGCCGCGACUUCCGCCUCAUCUAUGAUGGGCCCCGGGACAUGCCGCCUCAGCCCUACAAGGUCUACGAGGUCUGCUCCAAUGGUCCUGCACCCACAGAAGCACAGCCCAGUGAGGACUACACUUUUGGGCCAGGAGAGGAGGAGGAGGAGGAAGAGGAAGAGCUCCAAAGGAUGUUACCAAGCCUGAGCCUCACAGAAGCAGUGCAGCCUGGCCCCCCCAUGGGACCCUAUUCUGUACCCAAAGAGGAACUCAAGUGGCCCCCCACUCUCCAGCCACCUGUGGUGCCAGCCCCCGCUGCUCCAGAGCCCACCCUCCUAGUCCCUCCCCCUGGCAACCCUGCUGGCUUUGGGGAGCUGCUCCCUGAGGUCCUGCUGAGCCUGGAGCCUGGGCCCCUGGCCGCCAGCCUGCCCCCUGCGGGCGAACAACUCCUGCCAGACCUGCUGAUCAGCCCCCACAUGCUGCCAUUGACCGACCUGGAGAUCAAGUUCCAGUACCGCGGCCGGCCACCCCGUGCCCUGACCAUCAGCAACCCGCACGGCUGCCGGCUCUUCUACAGCCAGCUGGAGGCCACCCAGGAGCAGGUGGAGCUCUUUGGCCCCGUGAGCCUGGAGCAGGUGCGCUUCCCCAGCCCCGAGGACAUUCCCAGUGACAAGCAGCGCUUCUACACCAACCAGCUGCUGGACGUGCUGGACCGCGGGCUCAUCCUGCAGCUGCAGGGCCAGGACCUCUACGCCAUCCGCCUGUGCCAGUGCAAGGUGUUCUGGAGCGGGCCCUGCGCCGCGGCCCACACCGAGCACCCCAACCCCAUCCAGCGGGAGGUGAGGACGAAGCUCUUCAGCCUCGAGCAGUUUCUCCACGAGCUCAUCCUGUUCCAGAAGGGCCAGACUGACACCCCGCCGCCGUUUGAGAUCUUCUUCUGCUUCGGGGAGGAGUGGCCUGACCGCAAACCCCGGGAGAAGAAGCUUAUCACUGUGCAGGUGGUCCCCGUGGCAGCCCGGUUGCUGCUGGAGAUGUUCUCAGGAGAGCUUUCCUGGUCGGCAGACAGUACCCGCCUUCAGAUCUCAAACCCAGACCUCAAAGACCGCAUGGUGGACCAAUUCAAGGAGCUUCGUCACCUCUGGCAGUCACAGCAGCGGGUGCAGCCUGUGGCCCAGGUGCCUCCCGGGCCAGGCCUCGGGGCUGACCAGGGGCCCUGGCCCAUGCACCCAGCUGGCCUGCAAUGACGAGGCUGCAGAUAGUGACUGGCCCUGGCUUCCUGGUGGCUGUGAGCAUUGAAGUGGAGUUGCCGUGGUCCAGUGGGCACCCGGCAGACUGCAGGAUCAGCUCUGGGGCUCUUGAAAGUGGACUUGGGCUAAGAAGGAGGAGGAAGAAAGGCCUGAGCUCCAGGUCCUUCCC